AUGUCUUCUCCCACAGCGCAGCGCGAGGCAUCUGUCCCCCCCUCCAACGUCAUGGCCGGCGUCCCGGAGCAUAUUCUGCGACUCCUGGGCCGGCUCCACGCCGAGUCUGCGGAGCAGGAGGCCCGGAUUCGCCCGGACGAGCUCCAUGGCGACUCGCUGGCCGGGACCACGCGGGACAAGUUCAUUGCCCUCGACCAGGAUAAGGCGCAGUGUGUCUAUGCCCUCUGCCGUGCCAUCGGCGCCCGCACCAUCGUCGAAGCCGGCACGUCGUUUGGCGUCAGCACCAUCUACCUCGCCUUGGCUGCGGCUGCCAACACCUCGAGCGCUGCCGACAGCCGUUCGGCGAGAGUGAUUGCGACCGAGCACGAGCCCACCAAGGCGGUGCGCGCUCGGGAACACUGGCGUCAGUGUGGCGAUGCCGUCGGCAGUGUCAUAGAGCUCCGCGAGGGGGACUUGCUCGAGACGCUAAAGGACGAUCUGGGCGAGGUGGACUUUUUGCUUCUGGACAUCUGGACGCCCAUGGCCCUUCCAACGCUGCAGCUUGUCCAGCCCAGAAUGCGUCGCGGAGCCGUGAUCAUCACGGACAACACCAUAAAGGCUGCCGAGGGCUACAAAGAGCUGCUGAAUCACCUGCGCGGCCCGGCCAGUCCUUUUAUCAACGUUACGCUGCCUUACAGCAAUGGGCUCGAAAUGAGCAUUUACUUGCCGCAGUAA